UGGCAGCGGCGGCCGCGGCCGCUCCGGGCUGAGCCAGACCCGGGACGAGGAGGGGCUGAGCCGCGGGGGAUCCUGGAAUCGGCGGGGAGGUGGGGAUUCUGGGAGGCCACCUCCAUUUCCUCCUUCCCCGCCGGCCUCUCCCCUGCACCCAGCACCCCCAAAUGUCGAUGUGCCGCCUCCCGGGCGCCGAUCGCUGGUGCUGAGCGAGGCGGCGGGGGCGGCGGCGAGAAUGCUGGGCAUGUACGUGCCGGACAGGUUCUCCCUGAAGUCCUCCCGCGUCCAGGACGGGAUGGGACUCUACACGGCCCGCAGAGUGAGAAAGGGUGAAAAAUUUGGACCGUUUGCUGGAGAGAAGAGAAUGCCAGAAGACUUGGAUGAAAAUAUGGAUUACAGGUUGAUGUGGGAGGUUCGUGGGAGUAAGGGAGAAGUUCUAUACAUUUUGGAUGCUACCAACCCACGACACUCCAACUGGCUUCGCUUUGUUCAUGAGGCACCAUCUCAGGAGCAGAAGAAUUUGGCUGCCAUUCAAGAAGGAGAAAACAUUUUCUAUUUGGCAGUUGAAGAUAUAGAAACAGACACAGAGCUUCUGAUUGGCUACCUGGACAGUGACAUGGAGGCCGAUGAGGAAGAACAGCAAAUUAUGACAAUGAUCAAAGAAGGGGAAGUUAAAAAUUCUAAAGGACAAUCAACAGCUGGCAGAAAAGAUUGCCUUGACUGUAAAGAGGACUAUGCUUGUCCCCAGUGUGACUCGAGUUUUACCAGUGAGGAAAUUCUUGCUGAGCAUCUUCAGACAUUACACCAGAAACCUACCGAAGAGAAAGAAUUUAAGUGCAAGAACUGUGGGAAGAAAUUCCCAGUUAAGCAGGCUUUGCAAAGACAUGUUCUUCAGUGCACAGUGAAAAGCAGUUUGAAGGAUUCUUCACGAAGUUUUCAGUGCUCUGUUUGCAAUUCUUCCUUCAGUUCAGCAUCGAGUUUUGAGCAGCACCAGGAGACCUGCCGGGGGGAUGCCAGGUUUGUGUGCAAGGCGGACAGCUGUGGGAAGAGGCUGAAGAGCAAGGAUGCCCUCAGAAGACACCAGGAAAACGUCCAUGCUGGAGAUCCUAAGAAAAAGCUCGUAUGUUCAGUGUGCAAUAAAAAGUGUUCUUCACCAUCAAGCCUACAAGAACAUAGAAAGAUUCAUGAGAUAUUUGAUUGUCAGGAAUGUAUGAAGAAAUUUAUUUCAGCUAAUCAGCUAAAACGUCAUAUGAUCACUCACUCAGAAAAACGACCCUAUAAUUGUGAGAUUUGUAAUAAAUCUUUCAAGAGGCUCGAUCAAGUGGGCGCCCAUAAAGUGAUACACAGUGAAGAUAAGCCUUACAAAUGCAAGCUUUGUGGAAAAGGAUUUGCCCACAGGAAUGUUUACAAGAAUCACAAGAAGACCCAUUCUGAAGAGAGACCAUUCCAAUGUGAGGAAUGUAAAGCUUUGUUCCGAACCCCAUUUUCUUUGCAGAGACACCUGCUCAUACAUAACAGUGAGAGGACUUUCAAGUGCCAUCACUGUGAUGCUACCUUCAAAAGAAAAGAUACCUUAAAUGUUCAUGUCCAGGUGGUCCAUGAAAGACACAAGAAAUACAGAUGUGAGCUGUGUAAUAAGGCAUUUGUUACACCUUCAGUGCUUAGAAGUCAUAAGAAAACACAUACAGGAGAAAAGGAGAAAAUCUGCCCUUACUGUGGCCAGAAAUUUGCCAGCAGUGGUACACUGAGAGUUCAUAUCCGUAGCCACACAGGUGAGCGUCCCUAUCAAUGCCCUUACUGUGAAAAAGGAUUCAGUAAAAAUGAUGGACUGAAGAUGCAUAUUCGUACUCACACCAGGGAGAAGCCAUACAAGUGCUCCGAGUGCAGCAAAGCCUUCAGCCAGAAGCGAGGCCUGGAUGAGCACAAGAGGACGCAUACUGGAGAAAAACCUUUUCAGUGUGAUGUGUGUGACUUGGCUUUUAGCCUAAAGAAAAUGUUGAUCCGACACAAGAUGACUCACAAUCCCAAUCGUCCACUGGCAGAAUGCCAGUUUUGCCAUAAGAAGUUUACAAGGAAUGACUACCUCAAAGUGCACAUGGACAAUAUCCACGGUGAAGCUGACAGCUAAUGGUAGCUGUAAAGGAAUUAAACCAUUUAGAAGGGCUCCUAAUAUGAAACCCAGAUUUCUCUCACCUGAUUAGCAUAGCAGAAGUAUCUAAAAGUAAUUCACUGGUCUCAUAGUUCUUAUUUGCCUAUCUUUAGAGUUUGUAGAUGCUUAUGCAAAAAAAAAAUUAAAAAAUAAGAAGAAGAAAGAAGGAAAGUAAGUCCUACUUUACCAAAAAAAUGGUACAAAUGGAAAAAAAAUUCAUAGCCUUGCAAAAUAUUACUUGUGCUCUGUUUUAUAAAAUAGAAAAAAGAGUCAUGGCUUUCCUUCUUGGCCACCUCUCUGUAAUGAAGUUUAUUAAUAAGCUCUUUAUUAGGCCUUUUUACUUUUUUGUCAUCUUUGUGUGUGUGUGUGCAUGCAUGCACAUGCUGGACAUUACAAUUGAUUAUUACUUAUUUAGCCAGAAAGAAAUUAAUAUACCAAAAUAUGUCAUUGCAGAUGAGGUAAGAUCAAGAGUUUUUAAAAUAUUAAGCAUGAUAACACGAUAAAACUUGCUAUUUUAUGAAACAGACCAAAAGUUAAUCUUAUUUAUAGCUCCCCACAACAGUUCAGUUUAAAAUAAAGAGCUGUUUAAGAAGCAUCUAUUGAAUUGUUGCUCAUUUUAGACAAUUCUUAAGAAACAUUUCCUCUCAUCAUUCAGAUGCAGACAUUCAUGGCCUGCAAUACUUUCACAAGAUCUAUACAAGACCAUACACUUAAAUAUAUAUCAAACUGAUCAUAUUGAGUUUUUACUAGUUAUCUUUAGGAAUUAACAAUAUACAAAUAUAUGUAACUAAAAAUUAAAACAAAAUUGGUUCUCAAUAUUUUUUGAUUGACAGAGUGUCUGCACAUAGUGGCAUUACAAUACUAAUUAUGAUGAGCCCUUUACCUUCUCAUUCCAUAAAAGUGCACAGGACAUGUUGAUGCAGAUAUAAUAGAGUCCUCAGAGCAUUAACAUUCUGUUUUGCAAAAGACAUUUCCCAGAAUCUUGGCAAUAGAUGAUUCUGAAACACUUUUGAAUUACCCUCAAUUGUCCUAUAUAAUUAAGAAUCCAGAAUAAAAAGUACAAAUCUGGCAAUUGUUAUGAUUGAAAUGAUCACUGAUGCUUAAGGGAAAUGGAAGCAAGAAGCUUAAUUUCUUCCUUUAGGUUAUAUUUCAAUAACAUACUUGAGAGCAGCACAUAAUGAGCAACUUGUUUUGGGAGAAGGUAUGAUAAAAUAUAAUAGUGAUGUCAAAAUAGCAUAAAGAAAUCCAAAAACCAGAAGAAAAUCCAACUGAAGUCCAAAUCAUGAAGUUUUCUACUUAGAGGUCAGUCAAAUAAAGGAAGUAUAAUUUAAAGGAAGUUGGUCCUAAUGAUUUAAGUAAGAAGAAAGGUUAUCUGAAGACACAGUUCUUUGAAGUCAGGAAUCUUAUUUUAGAAUUAUAUUUUUGUUCAGUUCCAGUUUUAAAAAGAAACCUAAAGAUUCAAUAUAGAGAUUUAAACUCUGUAAAAAUAAUAAAUUUGAAAUUCAUCAGAGAUAACUUUAAAAAAGAUAAAUCUCAGAUUAUAAUUUAGAAGAUAUCUAAAUAUGGUUGUAUGUAGCAUUUUUAUAUCUGAAAUUAUAGACUAUAUUUUAUAAAAAUAGAUUUUGGUCUUGUUUCUCACUAUGUCAUUUGUUUCAACAGUAUGUUUUUAGAUCGAAAAUGUUUUCAAUUUAAUGUGACAGUGUGCAUAAUAUCAUUUGAAUAUAAAAGGACUGUAAAAUUUGGUAGUGUGUAUUAUUUAAACACGUUCUGCUCGUUCCUUUGAAUGCCACCUCCUCUCUGUGGGAUGCUUCAUAUCCCGAUUAUGUGAUGAAUGUGAAAUUUAAAAGGAAGCCAAAUCCAAUUUUGUAUAAUCUCAGUGACCCACAGUUUACAGGUCUGGUGUAAUUGGAAAUUACCCUUGAAACCAUGUUGUCAUCAUGUUGCAGAAUAAACUGAUGAGGAAGAGGUGCGAGGCCUUAUCAGGCUAAAGUUUCAUAGUCAAAGAACCUUUAGAAAGUGGUGUGGAAAGACCUACUGGUCCAUGAUAUUUUCUUUUCAAAGCAUUGAAACCAAAACAAGUCCUUAGAAGACUAUGUGCUGUUACCUUUAUCCAAAAGGUGAUUAUUUAAAAACAUUUCAGAUAUAUUAGUAUUCACAUUCUACAAUCUUUAAAUCAUUCAGCAAUGUCAAAAAAUGAGAAUUGAUUUUUUAAAGUUCAAUUGAGAAAUUAUAACAUAGUCACUGAGGCAAAGUCCUAUUGGCAAAUUGAAGUAUAGGUACCCACUUUGAAGUAUAUUUCUCUGCUUUUCUG